UAGAAUGCUCAGCAAGCCAAGAAAAAGACCGGGAAAUCAUGUUAAGCAAAACGUUCCUUCAGUUUAAAGUGAGGUUUAAAAGACUAUUAAGCAGCAGUCAAGGAGAGAACAACAGGUUCUUACAAGCUAUGAGAAAAGUGCCUUCUUCAGUUGUUGUUGUAACUAGCAGUGAUGGAGUCUUAAAGAGAGGAAUAACCUGCAGUUCAUUUACAAGUGUAUCACUCAAUCCUCCUAUUAUAUCAUUCUGUAUUGGUAAACCAAGUAGGAUGCAUGGUCUAUUGUUAGAAACUAAACAAUUUGCAGUUAAUGUUCUAUCAGAAAAACAAAUUUACCUCAGUAUUCACUUUUCAAAACAAACUCAAGAUGAGAAACCCAACCAGUUUGACAACAUUCCACACUCAAUAUCAAAAAAUGGUCACCCUUUACUGCAUAACUGUAGUGCAGUCCUGGAGUGCAAUGGACACAGUGUUCAUGAUAUAGGGGACCAUCGUGUCUGGUAUGGGGCAGUAGAGAGGAUCAGUUAUGUGGAUACACACGUGUCACCUCUACUGUAUUAUGCAAGAUCAUAUCAUUCUGUGGGUGAUGCCAGUUUCAUGGAAUCAUUUGAAAGUGUUACACUGGCAUACGAAGACUGGAGCCACGAAGCUCAUUUAAGAAUGGCCUGGAACUACAUCAAACAACAUGGUCCUGAUAAAGCAGUUCCUUUAAUCAAAGACGGAAUAAAACGAUUCAACGAUAAGAACAGUGACAAGAUCAAAAGAGGAUAUCAUGAGACUAUUACUAAUUUCUUCAUUCACAUGAUAUGUAAAGGACUAGAGAAGGACUGUGGUGAGAGUUUCCAAGAGUUUUUAGAAGCCAAUCCUUAUCUUAAAGAUUCAAGAUUGCUUUUUAAAUAUUAUUCACAAGAACUGAUAAAUUCUAAAAAUGCUAAAGAAAGGUGGGUAGAACCAGACCUGGCACCACUGCCUUAACUGUUAACAUAAUAAUAAUAAUUAUUAUAUCAAUAAUAAUCAUGAUGAUAA